ACUAGAGUCCUCUAUGAGUUGUGUGGUAGUAUGGAGAUACAGUAUUGACGUUGAUCGUGCUUUAUAAUUAAUCAUUUAGGACUAAUUGGCUUGACUUUUCUUGGUGUUGGUCUGUGUUCUGUGAGAGCCUACAAUUACAUUACAAUACAGAGACCUCAACAAGCUGAAAAAAGAAUAUUAGCCCAACAGAAAAUAUUAUCUGAGAAAGAGAAUUGUAGCAGUUCAUUUGAAAAUAUUCCCGAUACAGCUUCUGUCGUGCAGGGAUAAUAAAGUCCAUCUACGUUCUCCUACAUUCUAUUUUGGGGACAAUUAUAGUGUGAAUCAUGGCUUUACUAAGGGGAACUUACAAGCUAGCUUCACUGCCUGCAGUAUGUAGAUGUCUCCACCUGUCUCCAGUAGCUCGUCAGAAGUCAUGGAAUAUCUUAAAGUUGAAUCACGUGGCUCUUGCGACAGCUGACUUAGACAAAACAACUGCCCUAUACAGAGAUAUCCUGGGAAUCAAAACGAGUGAGCCUGUUGCUCAGCCUGAGCACGGAGUUUACACAGUGUUCGUGGAGCUAGAAAAUACCAAACUAGAACUACUACUUCCCCACGGUGAAAAGAGUCCCAUUAAAGGUUUUCUAGAGAAGAACAAAACGGGUGGAAUGCAUCAUAUUUGUUUAGAAGUAGACAACAUCAAAGCUGCCAUGGCCGACCUUAAAAGCCACAAGAUUCGAAUGCUUAGCGAGGAACCUCGAACCGGUGCUCACGGAAAGCCAGUGGUGUUCCUCCAUCCAAAAGAUUGUGGUGGGGUUCUUGUCGAACUGGAAGAAGCAUAAGAACGUUUGAUUCCUGUGUGUUUCACUUUACUAGCAAACUGAAGCUUACCUUUUAGUAGUUAUGUUGUAGCUAUAAACAAAUUAGUUGUAGAGAAAGGAAAAAAUAAAAUUUCUUGUUAUUAUGUAUCA